AUGGUCGCCUUCAGCGAGGUGCGUGAUGGUGCCGAAAUGCUUGUUCUCGAUUACAUCGUCCACCACGCUUCACCGGAGCUGAUGAACAUGAUGCGAUUCAAGUAUGAACCCAAGCGAUUCGACUAUCCGCGCCACGCCGAUGACCUGGCGAACUUUGCUCAGUUCAUCGAGCACGGCAGCAGCGCAAUAGGUCGUGAGGUCGUCUCCGCGCACGUGGAAGGCGAACCCAAUGGCGCGAUCACGUUCUACCUAUGCCGGUUACCGGGUCACAUCGCGGCCGGCUGUCGCGCGCGAGUCGUGCACAACGACGAGACAUUAGCGGAGGGUAAUGGCGUCAGCAUAAUCCUCGCGCUUACCGAGAAGCGCAGUGCGACUAGGAAGAAGCGAAACAAGAAGAAGAAGGACUCGCGCGGCAAGAACGCCGCAGCGAGCACUGCAAGAGACGGAGAGCGAGUCAUGGACGACUCAUGCGGCUUUGUGCUUGCGACGAGCGACGGAGCGCGAUCCACGGACGGCAUGCGCGGCUUCGUGCUUGCGGCGACCGAUUCCUCGGGCGCCGACCAAGGAUAUUAG